AUGGUCGAUGAAGAAUGGACCAAGGGACUCCAAAUGAUGGAUUUGGCUUCCCAACUGGGCGAUCGUGCCGCAACAGAACUUCCUGUACCUGAAAAAGCCCCCACAGCAGUACCGAUUACGGCCGCUGGUCUCCAACCUGAACAGACUGCGCCCGUCAAACCAAUGAAACCAAAAGCUCCGAUCAAAGAGGUCGCUUUCAAGGAUAUUGUGGAAGAAUGGUGUGCCGACCAAGGUCUUAUCAUCCUCCCACUGCGAGAAGCACAUCCACAAAACGGUCAGCCUUUGUUCCGUAUCACUGCCAGUGCGAGCGGGAAAGGAGGUGUCAUCGCGUUUUUGCAGGGAGAUGUUGUAUGGGUGCAGAACCGCAAGGCGCGGGAUAUAUGGGAACCGAUGGGCUUGGAGGACCAAUUGGUGGAACGUGCGGAGGGGAAGUAG